CUGACAAUGUAUGUAUGUGUAUGGUUUAUAGGUUUGUCUUGAGACUUAGAUGUUACUGCUUUAUGCACCAUAAAUCUAAGUCUUUGUUUUUGGACAGCAGCAGAGAAUGGUCAUCACUAGUCAGGCUGCUGCUAAUUUCCUUGAUUAUGGGAGGCAUUAUUUGUAGAGCUGAAACAAACGGCCUAUUAAUAUGACACCACAGUGAGAGAGAUCACUGAAUCACAUUGAUGUAAUUUUUCUGUUUCCUUUUCAGCUUCUCAGGGCCCCUGUUUAAUAUGAUUGCAAAGUAAACGUUGCCACUUCAGACUUUAUCGAACUACGAUGGGCGUACUUCAACUGACUAAAUGCCCAGAUCCCAGAAAUUAAAGAGCAUGCAGUAAUCCACCUCCAGAUUGUGAAGUUGUAAGGCCAUAUGACCUGACUUGUAUCCUGCAUCCUCUUAACAUCUUAAGCGGUGCAAAUCCAUCUCCAUCCGUCUCCAGAGAAAGCCAUCAAACACCUCCCACCCACCAUUCCUAAGGGCUCUAAAUUACAUGUACGACACUUUUGGCAGCUGAUCCUCUUUUUACCCCUUCACAGUCAACAAGCUCUCAACUGCCUCUACAGCAACAACUGGCUGAAGUAUAGCCUUCUGAUGAUAGGUAGAAUUAUUGCUGAUCUUGUUUAGCAAUGAACUAACAAUGAAACUUGUUCAUUGCAUCUCAUGAAUUGCUUCACUGAUGAUAUUUAAGCAAUCCAGAUGUAUUGAAACAAGACGAUUGCCUGGACAAGAGAGACAAACUUGAGAAUACGGUUUUCGCUGUCAGGAAUGAUUAGCAAAUUUCUGUUUCUGACAUCACUGUAGAGUGGAAAGAAAAACACCUGUGUUGCCAAUACAAACGACUGAACCAAGAGAGUCUCAUUUAGUUCUCACUUUCAUGACACAUUUACUGUUUUCUCUAUUCCUGCAAAGUUAAUUCUUGGUUAAAGCCAGAAGAAUCCUAAACUUCCACAUUUCCAUUAUGUUGGAAGUGCAACAAGUAACAGCACACCCAGCCACGAGUGACAGCUCGCAUAUCCCUAGUAAUGCCGUAAAGAGCAAAAUGGCUGGACAGAAGUAUUGAACCGAGCAAGAAAAUCCUCAUGUCUCCAUAAAUCAGAUUUAACUGCACACAGAAAAAACACCCUGCAAGCCAAGAAGAGCCUGGAACUUUCUGCAAAGCCAAGUCUGCCAAGUUCCUCAGUUGAAGCUCUUGUAUUUUACCCAUGCCCGCAUGCAGUGCAAUGAUGCCCCGUAACGCUGCCCACAGUACUUGAGAAAGAGACUAAGGAGGAGGAGAAAGAGGAGGAAAUGACAGAGUACCUGCCAGAAUGCAAAGCGCUGGUGACUCCAUCCACGCGCAACGGUCACCACGUCUUUAGCUACACGCUAGAGAGCCACACGUCGGCUGCCUUCACAAUAAUGAACGAGCUGCGGCUAGAGCGUCAGCUGUGUGACGUCACAUUACGCGUACGUUACCAGGACUUGGAGGCGGUGGACUUCGUAGCUCACAAGGUUGUUUUGGCCUCCUCGUCUCCAGUCUUCCGGGCCAUGUUCACCAAUGGCCUGAAGGAGUGUGGUAUGGAGUUAGUGCCCAUCGAAGGGAUUCACCCCAGGGUUAUGGACAGACUGAUAGAGUUUGCAUACACAGCCAGUAUCUCUGUGGGUGAGAAGUGUGUCAUCCAUGUGAUGAAUGGUGCCGUCAUGUACCAGAUAGACAGCGUGGUCAAGGCCUGCUGUGAUUUCCUCGUCCAGCAGCUUGAUCCGAGCAACGCCAUUGGCAUCGCAAGCUUUGCUGAGCAGAUUGGUUGCACGGAGCUCCACCAGAAGGCCAGAGAGUACAUCUAUAUGAACUUCAGCCAGGUCGCAACCCAGGAGGAGUUCUUCAACUUGUCACACUGCCAGCUGGUCACUCUUAUUAGCCGCGAUGAGCUCAAUGUGCGCUGUGAGUCAGAAGUCUUCCAUGCUUGUGUGGCCUGGGUACGGUAUGACCGGGAGAACCGGCGACCGUAUGUCCAAGCCUUACUGCAGGCUGUCCGCUGCCAUUCCCUCACCCCCAACUUCCUGCAGACACAGCUCCAGUCUCUGGACUGGGACCCACAGUGUAAAGACUACCUGGCCCAGAUCUUCCAAGAUCUCACCCUCCACAAACCCACCAAAGUAAUUCCUUGCAGAACUCCCAAGGUGCCACAGCUCAUCUACACAGCUGGGGGUUAUUUCCGCCAGUCUCUCAGCUACUUGGAGGCCUACAAUCCCUGCACAGGAGCCUGGCUGAGACUAGCUGACCUACAGGUGCCCCGUAGUGGCCUGGCAGCCUGUGUUAUCAGUGGGCUUUUCUAUGCUGUUGGUGGGAGAAACAAUGCGCCCGAUGGCAACAUGGACUCGAAUGCAUUGGACUGCUAUAACCCUAUGAACAACUGCUGGUUACCGUGUGCACCGAUGAGUGUUCCCAGGAACCGUAUCGGUGUUGGUGUCAUAGACGGCAUGAUAUAUGCGGUUGGUGGAUCACAUGGGUGCAUUCACCAUAAUAGUGUGGAACGGUAUGAUCCAGAGAGAGACCAGUGGCAGCUGGUGGCCUCAAUGUUAACACGGCGUAUCGGUGUUGGUGUGGCGGUCAUCAACCGUCUGCUUUAUGCUGUGGGGGGGUUUGAUGGGGCCAACCGGCUCAGCUCCUGUGAGUGUUACAACCCUGAGAAGGAUGAAUGGAAGACCAUGGCACCCAUGAACACUGUGCGCUCUGGAGCUGGUGUGUGUGCACUGGGUAAUCACAUCUUUGUGAUGGGCGGGUACGACGGCACAAACCAGUUGAACACGGUGGAACGCUAUGAUGUGGAAACUGAUACAUGGAGCUCUGCUGCCUCCAUGAGGCACAGGCGCAGUGCUCUGGGAGUAACUGCGUUACAUGGCCGCAUCUAUGUAUUGGGGGGUUAUGAUGGCAACACCUUCCUGGACAGUGUGGAGUGUUAUGACCCAGAGAAGGACACCUGGUCUGAGGUGACGCACAUGACAUCCGGGCGGAGUGGUGUGGGGGUGGCCGUUACCAUGGAACCGUGCCAAAAGGAUCUGCCAGAGUGUCAGAAAUCUGAUGGGGAGAACUGCGCGGCAUCACCAGCCUCUCAUUCAGCCAACUCUGGCGUUCAUAAUGGUCAGUGGCACAACAGCGGGCCCUUCAGCAAAGGCACUUGAUUCUCAUCCCUUGACCCCAGCACACACUCAUAUACAUAGAUGAGGACCCUGAACUCUGUCUUCCCAAAUCAAAAUAAACCCUCACAACUCAAAUGAAGCAGAGGUGAGCUCAAACGCCACACACUGCCUAACUCAUUAUAGUAUAAUAACUUUAAUGGUCAUUGCACCGAAGUUACAACGAAAUUUAGUUUGGCAGCGAUCCAGUAGCAGCUUUCACUUUAAACGUGAAAUGCUAAUGCUCAAUCCAUAAUGUGACAAAAAUGUUUUAUGUUGAGUAUCAGCAGUGAACUGGUGAAAUCAAGCCUGACUCACAGGCUCACAGCGUAGUGUCCAGGACCUAAAAUGUGACAAAUCUGACAGACCUCAUGCUGUUUGUUUUGAUGUGGCAUUUAAAGCCCUCUUUAAGACACCAGGUUUGAGGAAAAGGCUGCAUAAUAAAAAGGUUGUUUUAUUGGCUCAACGAAUCAUCCAAGGUUCUUUAUUGAGUUGCACUAGGAUCCAAUUUUGGCAAUCUGAUUGCAAGUGGCCAUUGUAAAAUACAGAUGUAAACACCCCCAGGACACACUGAGAGAUCCAGUCUCCAACCACAUUUGGAGGUGGGGUCAUGAAGGUGGGGUUGGGUCAUGUGUCUGCAUUUGUCCACAUUCCUUUGGUAGUGUGAAUGCAAUGAGUACUGAGUCGCAUUAAAUACCUUCUAUACUCAGCAGCGGACUUUUGCAUCAUUCAUCUGAACAAAAUAUAUAUAUAUAUAUAUACACGGCCGCUGUUAUAAAUGAUCACACAUCACAAAAUGAUGUCUGUUCAUUAGUAAUGGAAGUACUAUUCCAUCCUUACAUGUACAUGUUAACUAACUAAAAAAUAAAUAAAUCUAAGUUAUAAUUCACAAGUGAAAGGAUUUAAUAUGAGUACACAAGUGUGAUUCUGUGUUAAUUAUUGAUGUGGUCAUAUUGAUGUAUAAGGAACCUUGUGUGGUUAAGUUUCAUAUUUCCUCAGUCACUGAUGUCUUUAUUUACCUUUAUUACUGGAGAUUAUGGUAAAUAUGAACUUCCAAGCAGAGUUUUUUGUUGGUCUAAAUACCAUCAGAUCAAAAAAUAAUAAUAAUAAUUGAAUGUGUGUGCCAAAGUCAUGAGGCAUAAAACAACACUGUUCUUGGUUCUGGAGCAGCAGUAGAGAUCCAUUAGAGACAUUAGCAUCCCAGAUGGUGUUAGGGUUUAUUUGCAUACAGAGCAUUAAACUGAGUUUGGGUCUGGAAACACAUUUGGAGAUGCAUGUUAAUGUCAGGUCUGAACCCACAUGUCUAUAGCUGGUCACUUACAAUUGAACUGCCCAGUUUGGAUCUUAAUGCUUAAUGGUGUGAACAGACUGACGAUGAUCAGACUGUAAACUAAGAAAAGCAGCAUUUGUCAGUAUAGGCAGUAGAGUUUAAAGUGCCAUUGCAAUGCCUGUGGGCAUUACGGUUAUCAGUAUAAUGUCUUGAGGCAUCAUGCAGGAACCAGGGGGAAAACAACAACAACAAAAAAAAACUGAGCAGAUAGUCAUAAACUAAACAAACUUGUUUGUGUCUGUAGUCUUAUUCAUGUGAUGACAGAAUUAGAGGUCUGAAGUGGAGUUCCACAAUGUUUUACUGUCAUACAGAAAUAAAAUUUGAGUUAGCAGUCAGGAUUAUAUGACACUGGUCAGAUUAUUAGUUACACCUAGCUGUAACUAUCAGUCUUAAUAAAUUUGUGAAGUAAUUAAUUCCACUUUGAUCAUACUUAAAAUGUAUUUUUUUAAUUCUUAUAAUAUUAAUAUGUAGAUGUUUCUGUGGUUUAGCCUACUUUCAUUGACCUCAAUUUGUUAGACUGAAUAACAAAUAUCGCUUGUCCUCUAACUUUUCCUCUAAAUCACUAGAAUUCAGUAAAAUUCAAUUCCACCUACAUAACCUUCAUGAAGUUAGGGGGUGGUUUUGCUCAGUGAGUAGAGCAUCCGCCCCACAUGUUGAGGCUACAGUCCCCUUCAUGAAGGUAGGAUUUGUUGUAUUAUACCACAUUAGUAGGAGCGAUAAAUAAGUAAAAAAAAAUCAAGUGCCAACAGUAACACCUAUUUUCAACUUCUCUCAACCCAUAGGACCCAAAGGCCUCCACUAACAACAUUCUGUUGCAAGACAACACAGGACACCCUCAGAAGACCUAUGUCCAUUCUCUGACGAGUCACAACUGUUUUGAAUGAACAAGGGAGAUGUACACAAUAUUAGGAAGGUGGUCAUAAUGUUGUGCCUGAUCACUGAGAAAUACUAAGAGAUUUACCUACUACUGGGUAGCUAAAACACUUCAGUUACUCAUGCAAGCCACAUGAAAACAAACAAAAAUAGAAUAAAAACGUUUAUACAACUGGUUCUUGCCGGAGGGUCAUUAUCUGUUGCACAAAAAGUGCAGGAGCUUACAGUGACAGUGUAACAACAUAUGUGUCCUUUCACUAAUAUAAAAUUACAGUAGAAGGUUUAUAAAAUGUAAAAUUGUAGUAAAUAGUGUUGCUAAAAAAGUGAACACUGCAGCCACAGGGGAUUCUAGCACUGAUUCUAGAUUUUAAAUAUUUCUGUUGAACACAAUACAGGGCUAUACACAAAAACAUAAGUGCAGGGAAUGCAAAUGAAAUGUAUUAAUGUCUUCUCAGGCUCUCUGAGACAUGGAAGCAGAGCAUCAUAGCAUGAAGGAAUGAGUUUUGUUUGGAAGAAACCGAAUACUGUAGUAUUUCCAAACUUUCAAACAUCUCACUAAAUGUGUUUUAUACUGAAAACAAAAAACACUAAUUACUGACAGAAUUAAGGACCGCCCACCCAGACAUUUUUUUGGUUUCAUACCCACCAGACCUCAGAAACAGAAGUGACCAUGAUUUGUACAUUAGUGUUCUAAUGUUGUAUGCUACUGUCAAAAAGAUGCUUAAAAAAGCGUAUUUGUAACAGCAAUUUAAGCUACAAAGGUUUUUAAGUGACGUUUUGUACAUUGAUAUUCCUGUACAGAAUUUCAGAGCACACUUUUUUAUUUAUUUGCUGAGAUCCUUUUUUUUUUUUUUUUUUUUUUUUCGUUUUCUUGUUGCUCUGAACUGACAUCAGCUUUGUAUUGAAUUGGAUUCUGGUGUAGUGUUUUUUGAAUAACUAGCAUGCAUUGUGACUAAGUAGGAAUGCCUGUUCAAUGCUAAUUUUUGAUGUUUGUAAAAAAAUAAAUAAAUAAAAAAUAAUUAAUUAAUUAAUUAAUUAAUAAAAUGCUUCACUUUGGAAGGGACUUUUUUAUGUCCAGUCAGUAGUUAGAAUGGAAAUUAGAAUAUUUAAGGUCGGCUUUGUACAAUUUUUUCCUGGUAAAAAAAAAAAAAAAAAAAAAAAUGUCCUGUACAAUAAUACAUUGUAAAAUAAAAUAUAUUGUUUAUUGUUA